GUGGGUUUUAAAACUACAACAACAACCAAAAUGGCGUAAAAAGCGGACAAUGAAACAUAAAUUUUCUCUAAAAAGUCUUUUGUAUACCAUUUCUUCUAAUAUUAUUGCGGUGGAUGUGUAAACCAAUAAAACAUUCCAUUUGAUUUGCCGAAGAAGAGCUGAUCCCCACCACAAUGGCGCCACCUGACAUGGAUGUAAUCAAGGAGGUGCCAGGAUACAAAGUCAUUCUGAAAGCUGUUCUCAAAGCUCAGAUACAGCAGCUGAUUGAACAGCUAGCGACCACAACAGAGGAAGAGUCCAUCAUUAUUACAGCGAGUGUGGCUGACGGUACCCUAAGUCACCUGGGCUCUGACUCUGCUAAAGGCUUCCUCGAGGACCACGAGGAUGUCAAGUCACAGUUCCUGGGAUACUGCCUCAAAACGCACCACCAACGCAAGCAAGAGGAGAAGGAGCGAAAGGAUCUGGAGGCAGAGGUUGCCAAAAUACAGCAGGCCUUACCCCCUCUUUACCCAUCCCCAAGGGGCUCUCUUAGGGGUGGUUACAGAGCCCGGGCACCCAGGUUCACUUCGCCGAGAUUCCCGGGCGUCCGGCAUGAACCUUACAGUGUACCUCGAACACCCUCGGCAAGACCAGGAGUUUCUCCAAUGGCAACAGAACCUAAAACAAAUGUGAAAACCGAACCAUAUGACCCAAACAUGAAUACAAGUGGUGUAAGUUUGCUUGACAAUGACGAUGACAAUUCUAAAUCCUCUUCUUCAACGAUUCCAACUGAACAAGGGCAAGAGGGAAUGGGACAGGGAUCUGGGGAUGUCUCGGGUCUUGUUGUAGCAGGUAGUGCAGAUGAUGACAAUGAUACUGAUAAUGUGACAAUCAAACAGGAAAUAUUGCAAGGAGAGGAAGAUCUAGAAAUCACGGGUGUCGAACCCGGGAUGCCCAUUCCCACUAGUCAAGCGUGGGACCCAAAUGCAGCAAUGGGAAUGAACUUUGACCCCUCAGGCGCGACCGGUUCCCAGGCGGACUUGGCUGCACAGCAGGGAUACAGUAUUUCAAUAAACGCCAUGGGACAACCAGACAAUGCAACAAUGGUUAAAAACUAUGACUUACUCAAUCACCUGAGUGUUCUGGCUUGUGACAUUUGUGGUAAACUUCAUUCCAACACAUUCCUCCUGAGGAGACACAUGCGAAGCCACACGGGAGAGAAGCCGUUCAAGUGUGACGGAUGUGGGUUUAGAUGUGCCCGCCAGGACAAUUUAAAGCGUCACCAGAUGCUUAGUUGUAAAUCAUUACAGUUGAAGGCGCCUGUAUCGGAUGCUUUUUUGUGAUAUUAGAAGAGACAUUUUUUUCUUCAUCAUUAAUUUAUGACUACCUAGGCUUGGACUUACACUUUCAUUAUGUGAGUGAUGCACACAAAAUAAAAAUUGCAAUUCAGAUCAGUUAAUGGAAGGACAUUAAAACUAAAAAAAACAACAACAGUGUUCAAUAAAUUAUUUGUCUAGUCUAGUUAAAACUUAAAUUUAAAAAGCUUUGGUAUUUGUAUUAAUUAUAUAUGUGACUUUCACAUGCUAAAUAUACACACUAUAAACUAGGAAACCAUAAUGCCCUUUUUUUGGAAUGGAUAAACUCAGCUGAGACAGCGACAAAAUAUUCUUUUAAUCAUGUAAAGUGAUGUAUUAUCGGCCUCAUAAUAGUUCCUUUUGAAUGUUCUAGGUUUGUUUUUAUGUAGCCUGUAUUUGCCGAUUUUUGGACCAUCUGGUGUCUAGUCCCUUUAAGAGUUGCUAGUAAUCCAACAAAUUCUCCAGAUAUUCACAUGAACGUUGGUACACAUUGUCAGUGAUAUAAUACAUUACAUGCAUUUAGGCUCAUAACACUGGCUUUAAUAAAUGUCUAGAUAUAUUUUAUUAAUACUAAAAACAGGGUUGUGCUUUGUUAUCCCCUUGCCAUGGUCAUGGAUCAAGUUGAUAGGCUUUUGACUUUUAAGCAGGUUGAUUAUUUCCAACCCAGGUCAAGUAUUUGUGCUACUGCACCGCCAUAGUGGGGAUUUUUUUUUAUAGUAAACACGAUACUUUAGUUGUAUAAAUUAUAAUCCAAUGGGUUUUGGGUGUAGAAACUGUUUUAUACCAUAUUAUAACACUAGCAGAUCCAGAGGAGGGGAGGAGGGGUUGGGGGACGCAAGUAAUAAAAUAUGCCUAAUUCACCAUUUUGUACUAGAAAUUGUUAAAAUUGUCUUGAGGGAAUACCAAACCUCUUGCCAACAAUUUAAGCCAUAUUCAUUUCUGUUUUGAGGAAGGUGUGCUUGUCAAAAGCUUAUGCCCCUAAGUCACGCCCCCUCAAACAUCAAAUCCUGCAUCCACCCCUGUAUUACAAUGUCAAGAAAAGCUUUUGAUAAGGGGGUUAUUUUAAUGAAGGAUUUUAGUCGCAACAUCAAUUAUUUUAGAUUUGUCACAAAGUACAAAACAUUGAUUGUUUUAUUUCCUCAAUUUUGUGUUCAUUUUGAAUACUGGCUCAAGAUCAAUAUACCGAAAUAUGUAGUAUAAUAAUGAAACUAUGACGCUUAAAUACUAUAAAUUUACGACUAAAAUUAGCUAAUAAGAUUGAAACAGGGCCGCUGGCUUAUAAGUAAAUAUUGGUGUUAUUUAUCUGCUUACUACUUCUUGCAUGGUAAGAGCUUUGCCUACUGGCUACUUAGAUGUGAUAUUUAAAUUAAUAAACUGAUUUAACUAAAACACGCUUUUUCAAUAUGGUUUAACAAGUAAACUGAUAAUUUAUGAUUAAGUUGUUAUUUUAAGAUUGAUUAUAUGUUCUUAAUUCAUAAAAUAUAUUGCUGUUAAUAUUUUUACUGGUUUACAUAAUGUUUUAUCCAUAUUUUGUCUCUGUAAAGAGAAUGAUAGUCUUUGU